AUGGCUGUCCAUCACCCAGGAGACGAAGCCCCGCCCAUGAGGCAGGGUCUCGAGGUGCAAGGCAGUCCAGCAAGAAGUGUGGUGCCCCAGGUUGCUGCCAGUUCUUUUUGGAUCACCAAGCACGGUGAAGUUGCCAGGUAUGGCUGUCCAUCACCCAGGAGACGAAGCCCCGCCCAUGAGGCAGGGUCUCGAGGUGCAAGGCAGUCCGGCAAGAAGUGUGGUGCCCCAGGUUGCUGCCAGUUCUUUCUGGAUCACCGAGCACGGUACGUCUUCUCCUGCCCCAAGACGUGUCAUGAAUUUCAGGCUUCCUGUCGCUGCUGCCUGAGUGGCUGUCCGUGUGGAGGGACCGUUCCUCUUGCUGAGAAGCCUGGGGGCUCUGAGUUCCCCGUCUGCUGGAGGACUCUCAGGUCACUGGCUCCUUCUGAGAGCGGCACUGCCUGCCCUGUGAAGGUGGGGAGCGAGCCAGCUCGUGCUCGGAUCGAUGACGACACCCUCUCAUGCAUUCCUUGGAAAAUCUGA